AUGGAGAAGUACAGUCCAAAUCUGAGAUUGAUUCUCCUAGCCAACUCAACGAGCAACAUUAUUGCGCCAAUCCGGAGUAGAACGCUUCUCGUGAGAGUUGCUGCGCCCACGGAGACGGAGAUUUGCUCAGUGCUGAAGAAUGUGGGCAAGAAGGAGGGAUGGAAGGAGGUGGAGAGCCUGAAUCAACGGAUAGCCAAGGACAGCGGAAGGAAUCUAAGGAAGGCAUUGUUGAUGUUUGAAGCAGUCCACGCCCAAAAGUAUGUCUUCAGCAUUCGCCGGCAUGGUUGUUGCGAGGGGACCGAGAAAAUCACAGACGCAACACACAUCCCACCACCCGACUGGGAAGCUCUCAUCGAGCAAAUUGCCCGCCAGAUCGUCGAAGAACGAAGCCCGCAACGUCUGCUACAAGUUCGCGCAUCACUUUACGAUCUCCUCUCGCAUUGCAUCGACUCCACAACGAUCAUCAAGACGCUCACAUGGAAAUUGAUACCCAAGACCGAUGAUGCCCUGAAGCCAGAGGUCAUCAAGUGGGCGGCUUUCUACGAACACAGGUGUAAAAUGGGAAGCAAACAGAUCUUCCACUUGGAAGCCUUUGUUGCAAAGUACAUGAGAUUAUACGAGAGGUACGUCAGCAAGGCAUGUGUAUCUUAA